CGUAUAAAUUAGGGCAAGGAGAAGGCGGUGGUCCGCCAUUUCGUGGACGCCGGGCAGGGUACUGUGUCAGUGGGAGCCGGGCGGAGGAGAGCGGAGGAACAGUAGGAAGGUGUGUGGAUUUAAGUCGCCGCGUCCCUAAUUCAAGAUCUCGAAAUGCAUCGUGAUUCCUGUCCAUUGGAUUGUAAGGUUUAUGUAGGUAAUCUGGGAAACAACGGUAACAAGACUGAAUUGGAACGAGCUUUUGGCUAUUAUGGACCACUCCGAAGUGUGUGGGUUGCUAGAAACCCCCCCGGCUUUGCUUUUGUUGAGUUUGAAGAUCCCCGAGAUGCAGCUGAUGCUGUCCGAGAGCUAGAUGGGAGAACACUAUGUGGCUGCCGAGUAAGAGUGGAAUUGUCGAAUGGUGAAAAGAGAAGUCGAAAUCGUGGCCCACCUCCCUCUUGGGGUCGUCGUCCUAGAGAUGAUUAUCGGAGAAGAAGCCCUCCACCUCGUCGCAGAUCUCCAAGACGGAGAAGCUUCUCCCGCAGCCGGAGCAGGUCCCUUUCUAGAGAUAGGAGAAGAGAGAGGUCACUGUCUCGGGAGAGAAAUCACAAGCCGUCCCGGUCUUUCUCUAGGUCUCGUAGCCGAUCUAGGUCAAAUGAAAGGAAAUAGAAGACCAGUUUUCAAGAGGAGUGGUGUACAGGAAAUAACUUCAUUUGACAGGAGUAUGUACAGAAAAUUCAAGUUUUGUUUGAGACUUCAUAAGCUUGGUGCAUUUUUAAGAUGUUUUAGCUGUUCACCUUUGUCUUGGAACAGUCACAUAAAGAUGUAAUUCUCUAUGGUUUGAAAUGGAUCAUAUGAGGCAUGUAAUACCAAGAAUUGUUACUUUACAAUGUUCCCUUAAGCAAAAUUGGUUUUGCUUUGAACUUUAGUCUUGCAUAAACUGAUAAUAAAUCUCUUUAUAACUCUUCCCAGCUAAAGUGUGAUGUAUACUAUUAUGGAACUAAACUGGCAAAAAUUGAACUUAAGAUUUUCCAUAGCUGGGAUAUAACAUGCAGCAGUAGUAGAACAAGCAGCCUUCAGAAGCUGCCAUGAACACAAGCCAGCAGGAAAAGUUAAAGCUGCACCCUUAAAUUAGAUUAGAGGUAAAAAAAAAAAAAUGCGACUAGUCUUUACACUGGGCAGAGGUUGUCCAGUUAGUGUAGAACCUAAGAAGUUUCAAGAAAGUUAGUUUACCUUUCUUUGCUUUAGGUCAUAAAUUUCUUACGUGAUUGCUGUAUAUGAAUACAUAGCUCUUUGUAACAUUAUUCAUUUGGAAAUUUGAAUUUGAGACUUCAAGAUACCAGUGUCCUGCCAGUUUAAGGGUACAUUGUAGAGCUGAACCUUGAGUUACUGUGCAAAAGUUUUUUUCAUGCUGUCAUUUGUAAUAUGUUUUGUGAGAAUCCUUGGGAUUAAAGUUUUGGUUACAAAUUGUUGUUUAACAUGAAAGCCUGUUUUUCCUUGCAAAACUAAAAUCUGUGAGCUUGGUAUCAAGUUCAGGUGUAACAUUCCUAUUGGAAGCCAUACUUAUAUUUUCUUGUAAAGUGCUUUUGAAUUAAUAAAAUAAUAGCGUAACUGUGUAAUAGUCAAACCCACUAUUACCAUAGUUUGUGUCCCAUGGAAAGUAGUUGAUUACACAAAUCUUAUAAAAAAUCGAGCCCUUUAAAGUGAAGGAAAUUUUUAGUUUUCACCCAAGUGAUGGAUAGUUCUUACCACUUCGGGGAUUUUUUGUUUGUUUUUUUAGUGGAAGCCAGUUCAAAGUUCAUGAUACUCAGUGACUAAUAUUUUCAAAUUUAGCAACCUAGUACAUUAUAACCCAAAGUUGCCCUUUAGAAAGGCUUUUAGCAUUAGCAUGAGAACUUCCCACAAAGCUUUAAAAAUUUGCUUCCAUUUUAUAUAAUUUGAGGUGUUGCAUGGGAAUUCUAAAUUGAUCCAUUAUGAUGUAAAACUCACUAUAUGGUUCAAAUGUAACAGUGCAGACUUGAAUAUGGAGGCAUGCAUAACCUUCCUCUUAGAAAUCCAGAGGAGCUGUAAUUUCAAAAUUUGUGCAAUUAGAUUAAAUCAUAAUACAACAGUC